AUGUCGGAAGGCUCUGAAACUCCAAGCGAAGAGGAGCGCAGUGCUUUCCGGCCACUCACGCGGGAGUCUCUGGCUACAAUCGAAGCUCGCAUCGAAGAGGAGAAUGCCAAGAAGAAAGAGCUGCAGCACAAGAAGGAGAAGGAAGGGCAGCGACGACCUUGUGCCUGUCAAAGCUGCUUGGUCCCGGUGUUGUCUAGCUUCAUCCCCAGACCGGGGAUUCUUCCGUUCACACGAGAAAUGCCUGCUGCUCGCGUCUUCAAAGAACCUGAGCUUUUGUUCCCGGAGAAGGAAACCCUGUCAGGAACGGACUCCGAAUCCGAGUCUGAUUUCGAAAUGACUUUCAAGCAGGUGCGAUACGAAGAAGAGGAUGAAGACGACGGCCCUCAACCAGACAGCGCCCUAGAAGCCGGGAUGCCUUUACCGUUACGCUUAGCAGCUGAGUUCGCCUCGGACCUGGUGGCGACGCCGCUGGAAGACAUCGAUCCCUACUAUGCAAACCAACGGCUUCGGCGCAAGAAUCGCGUGCUGAAUUAUUCGGGUCGGUCGUCGGUAAGCGGUCCCGUCCACGCUGCCUGGGCCCGAUGGCUGGCUCCCUCGCCACCACCGCAGGGUCACGUAUUGAACCCCCGCGAUGGGCAGGCAAUACAACCUAGUACGUCAAUGGUCUCUAUGGAAACCCACUUCCAAAACACGGCGCUCGUUUUGCGGAUUCGGACUCCGCGAUGCGCCGUCGAGACACCGCUGAAUGCGGAUUUUCUGGAAGGCGCGAGGAAGCUCGGCAAAUGCGUCAGCUGGUCUUUGCCUCGUUCAACGAUUACAAAUUCAUUCCUCGGCAUUGAUCUCGAAUGA